GGUUUUCGGUUAUUUAUUCGAACAUUGAGAAAUCACUGCAGUUCAUCUUUCAGAACCAAAGGCAUAUGGUAUACCAACCCACUAAAUAACAGCAACAUUCGCCACAGUUGUUCGAAAACUGUUGUGGCUAAGGAGACGGUUCUCAUUAUCGCAACACAAAAAUCUUUACAUCCGCUAUUCCGAACCGCUGAUUACGAUCAAUCGUGACAAUGCCUUCCAAAUCUCUUACUACAUUAGCCAUUCUUGGCAUGUCAUUGGUGACUGAGGCAUUCUGGCGCAUGGAGUGCCGCGGUUCCACUGGAUUUGCCCGUAUAGAUCCUAUUGUUGACUUCAACAAGGUCUCUAGUCACGCCCAUGCGGUCCAUGGAUCUUCAGGCUUCAGCACAAGUGCAACUUACGAUGACCUCACCAAGGGUGACUGCACCUCCUGUGCUGUGAAGCAGGACAAAUCAGCCUAUUGGACCCCGGCUAUGUAUUUCCUUGAUGAUCAGACCGGCGAGUUUUCUCCUGUUCCUCAAGUUGGUGGAAUGCUUGCCUACUACCUGCUGCGUGGCGACAAUGUAACCGCUUUCCCGCCCGGUUUCCAAAUGCUUGCUGGAAGCAACUAUCGUCGUGACUACACGGUUGGAGAUCCUUACUCUCCUGACCCACCUCAGUCUAAUUGGGCUGAGCUCAAGCAAACCGGCCAGUCUGAUCUAGAGCAGCGGGCCCUUGGCUUCAACUGUCUAAACUAUAACAAGGCCCCGGAGGCGUCAUUAUACCGCCAUUAUAUGCCGAACAAGACCUUCACCGAUGCCAAUUGCCCUGAUGGUCUCAGACUUGAGAUUAUGUUCCCAUCAUGCUGGAACGGUGAGGUUAGUAGCGACGACCACAAAAGUCAUGUUGCAUAUCCGGAUCUUGUUGGAAAUGGCGUUUGCCCUGACACCCAUACACAACGUCUUGUUACGCUCUUUUACGAGACUAUCUGGGAUACAAAUGCCGCGCAGUUUCAAGGAAAGAGCGGCUCGUUUGUCAUCUCCAAUGGCGACAGAACUGGUUAUGGAUACCAUGGUGACUUCAUGACUGGCUGGGAUCCCGCUUUCCUGCAAGAGGCUAUUGAUACUUGUACCAACCCAUCUGGAGAGCUCUCAGACUGUGGGGUUUUCACUAGCAAUGGACCACUAUUGUCGGAGGAUGAGCAGAGGGACUGCAAAUUUAAAACCCCCCUAGUAUUAGCUGCAGAAAACGUCGUUGCGAAGACUAUGCACGAGCUUCCAGGAGGUGUCCAAAUUCAAGACGGACCUGAAUCGGCUACGCCGGCGGGCAGCCCUGUCGAUCAUUUUACGAGCGUGCUUGGUGGUAUCUUCGGUGGUGACAGUACUACCAUCACUACAUCUUCUAGCGUCCCGGCGCCUGCUCCCUCCACCACCACUGCCCCUGUUGCUACAACUUCGUCCGAUAUCCAGUCAGGAGGCGCAUUUAUCGAGGAUCCAGCUUCGGCCACGCCAUCAGCCCCUGACUUUGGUGCAGCCGACAUUCCAUCAACCACUACCUCUACAUCGACUCUGACAACGCCCUCAACUACUUCAACUCCAUUGGUUUCCUCGACCUCGACCUCGUCCUCUUCGUCCUCGGCUUUACCAACGACUACUUCUGCGCCUCCUGUUACGUCAGAACCGGGCGUGUCUUAUGAAGUUUAUAGCACACAAACUAUCACUAGCGCAGGUCUGGUAGAGGAGAUCGUGUGGAUGCAGCCGGUCGUCUACGUGACAGAGGACUCUGUUACUACUGUGACCAUUCCCGGUCCCGCCCCGCAGAAAUUUAAGAUGGCCCGAGAUCAUGUUUUGCAACAUCGUCAUAACCACGGCCGUCGCGGGUACUAAGCGGCUGCUUAAGAUACACUACCAUUUGUUUCUGUGAAGAUACUUUGGGCCAUAAGGGAGGAUACUACGCUUACAGUCGCUGGCUGAUUACAGUCUAUCUGGGAUUUUUUUUCGGUACAUGUUGAUUGCUUCUGGACUCUUUGGGAAGAGUACAACCAUAUGAAUCGAAUUGAGUGAGCUUCGAGCUUAAGAGGUUCGUCUGUGAAGCGUUUUAUGACUGAGUGGUGGCUCUGGUAUGACC